GGUUAUUCUGGUAAUCGAGUGAAUAGCGCUUAUGCUGGAGGUACGACCGGUAGCGGUAGCGGGAACUUCGGUCAGGCUGCUUCGUCGUAUCCGUGUGGCGGUUGGGCAGCGAACAAUCACAAUUGGAGAUUAAGCAAUACGGCUUGGAGUGGAAAUCCGAUGUGUUCUGGAGGAGCAUUCAUAAAUCCACAAAAUAACGCGUUCACUGGCAACAACGCGUUCAAUCCAAAUUUCACAUUUCAACCGAUCAAUCUGGCAAACUUAAACAAUCUCCAAAACACACUCAGCAGUUUCAAUCAAGCGUUGAGCAAUACAUUGAGCAAUCUCAGCUGGAGUCUGAAUCACUUGAACAAUAUCAUCAGCACGAACUGGAACACCAGAUUAGGUCAGCUCGGUUCGGCAAAUGCCAAUAGUGCACGCUUUGCAAACGCUCAAUGGAAUAAUGCUGGCACAGCGUUAGCAAACAAUCAAAAACUUUCAUUCACAUCCGCUAACAUGAACGCCGCUAAUCAACCUAACCGAGUCGCAAGUUUUCACGGUUUAAAUAGUCAAUCAGGAGUUAACGAGCUGAAGACUGCGUCUGAAACGGAUGCUUUGCUUGGAAAAGAUACAGCUGCUAAAAAAGGAUACAACGAAGGACAACGUCUCCCGGUGUUAUCUCUGGAUGAGUUCAGUGAAUCGUCGUCACCGACCGACAUGGAUGCUGCCAGUCCAACGGCAUCGGACCGAGAUAGCGAUAACGAAACUGACGAUAACAAUAACAGUACUAAAAGCAAGGAUGAGAUCGUUAGCAUUGCUCUAAUUGAUGAUCUCAUCGAACGACUCAAUAACGCUAAACUCCGACCGGAUCCUCUCGCAAAAGGUGCAAUUUUCUCGAGAAAAAGUGGUCUAGGAGCAGCACCAAUAAUGCCAGUGGAUAUAAAAUUCGAUGAGUUCAGAAAAUUAUGUGAACUAGCCGUUGAGUCAUUCGCGAAACAAAAAUCGCUGUUACGUAUCACCAAAGCAACAUUGCCGAUUACGGUUUGUGCCGAUAUUCAUGGUCAGUUUCGUGAUUUGAAAGGCAUUUUUGCAACAUGUGGCCAUCCGCAAAAGAACAACUACUUGUUUUUGGGUGACUAUGUGGAUCGCGGCGUUCAGGGUAUCGAAACCAUAACGCAAUUGUUAUGUUAUAAAAUUAAGUAUCCGAGACGAAUUUUCCUGCUGAGAGGCAAUCACGAAGAUGCGAACACAACGCUCACCUACGGAUUUUACGACGAAUGCCUUGCAAGAUUUCAUAAUGCCGAUCUUGGGGAACAGGUGCGAAUGAACUUUUCGCUAGAUAGAUCGAUCAAGAUGUACGUACAACAUCUUCUGAAUGCAAAGCAAUCGUAG